ACAGGUCCCUGAUGUUAAAUCAGAAAAAAAAGAAAAAAAGAUGCAGAAGGAAAAAAAAGAAAAAGGAAAAAAGAUACAGAGUACCAUGUUGACAAUGAUCCCAGUGAUGUCAAAACAGGGGAAAAAGUCUUCUCUAUGUGUAUGUCUGCCUGGCUACAGAGAAGGGAGUGAAAGGUAAGAUCCCAGGAUCACGUGAUCCAGCCCCUGCUCAGCACGGAGCCUGCUUGGGAUCCUUUCCCCCACUGACCACCUCUCCUCUCCUCCCCGAGUCCCAGAAAGGCCCUGUGAAGGGCUAGAUGUUCUGACUCGGAGGUCGCCUCAGUGAAGAGCACUCACUCCUGCCUGGGGGAAUCUGACCACAGCUCACAGACGUUGGGACCUUUGUAUCGACUUGUGAAAGCCCUCUGCGGGCCCGGGCUCCACCACUCUUGCAGGAGCAGCUCCGCCCCUGCGGGAAGCCCCACCCUCUCCCGGGACCCGCCUGGAUUUAAGGUGGAAGGUCCGCUGCACAACCUCAAACACGUUCUGUGUCUAGCUAGUGGAGCCCGCGUAUUCUCGAACUUCAGGAUGGUUUAUGCUAAGAGCUGGACCCUGAAGAAGCACUUCGAAGGCAGCCCCACUCAUGGUAACUUUGAGUUGAAAACAGUUGAACUCCCACCCUUAAACAAUGGAGAGGUCCUGCUGGAAGCUUUGUUCCUCACUGUGGAUCCUUACAUGAGAGUGGCAGCCAAAAGAUUGAAGGAGGGUGAUACGAUGAUGGGGCAGCAAGUGGCCAGAGUUGUGGAAAGUAAAAACUCAGCCUUCCCAACAGGAACUAUGGUAGUGGCUUCUUCAGGCUGGACAACUCACUCCAUUUCUGAUGGGAAAGAUCUGGAAAAACUGCCUGCAGAGUGGCCAGACACAUUACCAGUGUCUUUGGCUCUGGGAACAGUUGGCAUGACAGGGCUAACAGCCUACUUUGGCCUACUUGACAUCUGUGGUGUGAAGGGUGGAGAAACAGUGAUGGUUAAUGCAGCAGCAGGAGCAGUGGGCUCUGCUGUGGGCCAGAUAGCUAAGCUCAAGGGCUGCAAAGUUGUUGGAGCAGCAGGGUCUGAUGAAAAAGUUGCCUACCUUAAAAAGCUUGGAUAUGAUGUUGCCUUUAACUACAAAACAGUAGAAUCUUUGGAAGAAACUUUGAAAAAAGCCUCUCCUGAUGGUUACGAUUGUUAUUUUGAUAAUGUAGGUGGAGAGUUUUCAAACAUUGUUAUCCCCCAGAUGAAGAAGUUUGGAAGGAUUGCUAUUUGUGGGGCCAUCUCUGUGUAUAAUACUACUCGCCCACUUCCCCCAGGCCCACCCCCAGAGAAUAUCAUCUAUCAGCAACUCCGCAUGGAAGGGUUCAUUGUCACCCGCUGGCAAGGAGAUGUCCGUCAGAAGGCUCUGAAAGACUUGCUGACAUGGGUCUUAGAGGGUAAAAUCCAGUACCGUGAAUACAUCACUGAAGGGUUUGAAAACAUGCCAGCUGCGUUUAUGGGAAUGCUGAGAGGUGAAAAUUUGGGGAAAACAAUAGUGAAAGCAUGAAAAAAAAAAGACACAUGGAAUCUAGAAUUCAUUUGGAUGAUUACCACGUCUUUUUAACCAUUUAGUAAAAAUAUAUACUGCCUUCAUUAUCUAAAAAUUGUAAUGAGUUUGAUCUAUCUAAUAAAACACAUUUAAGUGGUAUGUAAUUAGCAA